CUCUCCACAACUGCUCCCCUAUAUCUUAAAGAAUUCUGGCGACAAGCUUUGCUAAAGUGGCGUUGCAACGGGAAAACGCGAAACGACAUCUCCUCCACGUUCCCCACCCGGAGCACCCUCUUUCCUCGUUCCAAAGGCAUCGCCGACCCCCGAGACCAGGGUGCUUCGUACUUGACGAGCCGCCAAGCGAACCUGCGCCCCGGGAUGAGGAGAUGUGGCUCGACUUAGAACACCAGACCCGUGCCGACGUCCUCCGUGACCGGCUCCAGAACGACGACUCCGCCCGGUCCUCCAUCAGCUCCGAUGCCCCCUCCGUGCUGCCGCCGCUGGCGAACGAGAAGCUCGUAGCCUCCGGAAAUGGCAUCUCGGUUUCGAUCGCCCAGACGGAGCCGGUCAUCUUCAUGGAAGGAUUCGAUGCGCGGGAGGCAUCGAAGACGUCGAUGCUGAGGGGCCAUCUGCAUUUGAAGAUCUCGAAGUCCACCAAGAUCAAAAAGAUAUACCUCACGUUCAAGGGUGCGGUGCAUUCCGCGUGGCCAGAAGGCGUGCCGGGUAAAAGGGCUCAGUACAAUGACGAUCAUAGCCUGAUGACGCAUACAUGGCCGUUCUUCAAUGCUCAGUUUGGCAGCGCGGAGAACGGCUACGGCGCAGAUUUUGUUCAAUUGACUCGUCCGCAGGGAGGCAAGGAGGGAUUAGGCAUCUCGACAAUCGAAGUCUUUAACAAGGCACACUCGGCUUCAAGCAUGGAACGAGUAGGUAUAAAGGAGCUCAGAAGCCUAUCUCUCAAGCACACGCCAUCUCGAAGCUUCGUAAAGGGUGAAGCGUACUACAACGGGCAAUCGGUAGCCCAGAAGGGAUACAAAACCUUCCGGCCUGGAGACUAUAUCUACAAUUUCGAGCUGCCGAUCGAUUCGAAACUCCCCGAGACUAUCAAGACCGAUUGCGCUUCGGUCAAGUACUGGUUGGACGUGAGCGUGGAGCGUGCUGGUGUAUUCCGGCCAAACCUGCUCGGUGUGAAGGAGGUUCUUUUCGUUCGCACGCCGUCUCAGGGGUCAUUGGAGCAAGUCGAGCCAAUUGCGAUUUCUCGUACGUGGGAGGAUCAGCUGCACUACGACAUCGUCAUAUCCGGAAAAUCUUUCCCAUUAGGAGCCAAGAUCCCAAUCGCAUUCAAGCUCACCCCUCUGGCAAAAGUAGCCUGCCAUCGAAUAAAAGUGUAUGUGACCGAGACGAUCCAGCAAUGGACCUCGGGCAAGACCGCGCAUCGCCUUGAUAGCAGUAAGCAACUCCUGCUUUUUGAGAAGCGUGCGGACUCUGCUAGCGUUAGCGCCUACCCGGGGAGUAGGAUGCGGAUCACUGCCGGUGGUGGAAUCCACUGGGAUGAUCGAGCCGCCGCGGCGCAGGGCCACGAGGUAGUCGAUCCACGUCGGACGAGUUUGCUCGGUGAUCUUGAGAGUGAUUUUGGAGCCGGACCUACAGAGAUGGAGUUCGAUGUGCAGCUUCCUACGUGCCCACUCAUGAAGGAAAGGGACUCUUCGCAAAGAUUGCAUUGUGAUACGAUGUACGAGAACAUUGAAAUAAAUCACUGGAUCAAGGCAAGUCAUUUAUUUCUGUCAAUUAUCGUUCUUCGUCUAUCCAGACCGGAUGAAGCUUACCCCAAGAAGCGUCGCCACUUUGAGAUCUCGAUCGAUUCACCAUUCCAUAUCCUAUCCUGCCUAGCAACUCAGUCGAACAUCUAUCUCCCGUCCUACUCCUCCCCUUCAUCCUUUCCUUCUGAAGAGUACGAGUGUGGCUGCCCCGGUGCCCAACCAACCACGAAAGCCCCAUACCACGCCCAUAGCGCCAGCCCAGCCCAUCUCAGCAUGCUCCUCAACAUGUCCAGCGACCCAUCCUUCCACCCACAGCCAUCCAGCUCCACCAGCUCCACCAGCACUCUCACCGCCGACCAAGCCGACAACAGCAGCGAAUCCAGUAAUCCCUCCAACAUACCCACCCGCCCCAUUCACCUUAUCCGAAUCCCAUCCUUCGCACCGCCCCCGUUCGAGGACGUCCCGCCACCACCACCGCUCGUCACUCCUCCACCAGACUACUCCACGAUCAUACCGACCGACGACCCCAGCGCUGGCAUCCUGGAUUACUUCCACCGCCUGCAUCACGCGGAGCAGGAAUACGAUGAAAACACGCGCGGUAACGCGAGAGUGGAUGUCCCGCUAACGCCAGGGGGCCGGGUGCACCGGAGUAUAGAGAUACCUAGGGAGUUGGUCCGGAUCGACGCGAUUGCAGAUUGAGAGGCAGGCAGACAGACAAACAACUACCUACCUAACCCAUAUUCAUCUCCAUCUUUUGUCCAUUCUUUUUACUCCUCCUUUCUCUCUUUCUUUCUUUCUUUCUUUCUUUUUUUUUUUCCCUCUCUCAAACACCUUUUUGGAGCUAUUGGUAUUCUUAUUCAAUAUGCCUGCAUCAUCGGAAGGGGCGAAAAACGGGUUUGGUUCAUCCCUUAGAUCAAGGUGUCACGGGAGGGGUGCGGUGUUUUGGUUGUCCUCUUGAGGAAUAUGUAUACCUGCAUCCAUUUAUUUUUGUUUAUCUUGCCUUAUUUUUUUUUUUUUUUUUUUUAUUUUUCUUUU